CUAGAUCAUUUAAAUCCAGAAGAAUCUGUGUAUAUUUCAUCAAAUGGUCUCACCAAGUGUCUAAUCUUUCAAACCAAUUCUUCUAUGAGCAGUGAUAUUUCUGCACUGGUAAAGGAAUCUGUGGAUGAAGCUUGCACACAAUGUUGUAGAGCAUAUCCUCGGCGCCAGAGCUAAUUGAAGUGAUUUAUGUCACCCUUGAGCGCCUGCUGCGUGUUCAUAUAAAAGAAAAUGAAAUUUGCAAGUACAGGAGUUGCAUUUGUUGGAGUUGCUUUUGGGUCUGGAGAGUGAAACGAGGUAAACUCUGUUCCAAAAUCACGUCUAAAAGUGUAUCAAGAAAUGUUUCGAGGGAAAAACUGUUCAAUACUGUGACGAGAUCUUGAUCAUCAUAAGGGAAUACUGUGAGUUGCCUUGUGCAGUCUGUUUAAUUGUGCUGGCCCAGCGGUCCAACAGUGAUCAUUCACUUAUUUUGAAGUGCCAAGAGUCACCAUUUAGAUCUUAUACAACAAUCUAAGGCAGUGGCACUCCAUUUCAAGGAUGACUGACUUGCGUUAAGAAAUCUCGAGAUUCUUUUUAUUUAGAUAGCUCAUUAACUCCUGCAACAUCAACUUUUUUUUUUUUUUUUUUCUCCCUCAGGCGCUUUUUAUGUGUGCUCAUCAAAUUUAGAUUUACCACACCUAUUUUAAAAAAGGACCCCUUGGUCAUUAUUGAAGUUUUUGAACAUUCAUGAAGGUUGGAGCUCAGAGUAUCACAAAAUCUGUCUGAACGCAGCGGUUUCCAAAGGUCUUGGUGUGAGAAGAAAAUGAUGAUUGAUGGCAAACAGGCUUUAGACAGCAGACCCUCAUCACUUUGCCUGAGAUUCUGAUUUAUCAACCUGUCAGGCAAUCUCUCAUGAGCCAUGAGCACCCCUCAUCCCUUUAGGUUAUCAGUUUAAGACCCUCUACUGCUUGCAAUAAUCAGAGAAUUUGCAGACUGACGUAACACAGUAAGACAAAAAACUUGCACCCCAAAAGCAAUUAUCAAAAAGCAUUACAGAUUAUGCUGCGACAGCGCCAAAACCCUCAAUUCAAUACAAGUUGGAUUAUUUUCUAAAAUCACCUGGAAUAACAUUAAAAAAGAAAAGAGAGAAAACAAAAAUAAUCUGUUUUUCGAGAGCUCAUCAAAGGACAAGACAAUGCAUUUUCCUAGUUUGUUGUCACUUCAGGCUCUUUGGGUAGCUCUGUCUCACGCCAUGCAGCACUACCCUUCUGUUUGGGGUCAUUACGACGUUUGCAAAUCUCAGAUUUAUUCCGACGAAGGCAUAACCUGGGAUUACAUGGCCUGUCAACCGGAGGCAACUGACAUGACCAAAUACCUCAAAGUGAAGCUCGACCCCCCUGGCAUCACUUGUGGAGACCCACCCGAGACGUACUGCGCUUUGGAGAAUCCCUACAUGUGCAAUAACGAGUGUGACGCUAACACACCAGAGCUGGCACACCCGCCAGAGCUGAUGUUUGAUUUUGAAGGCAGGAACCCGACAACUUUUUGGCAGUCAUCCUCUUGGAAGAAAUACCCAAAGCCCCUGUUGGUCAACAUCACUCUGUCUUGGAACAAGACCAUUGAGCUUACAGAUGAUAUAUUGAUAACAUUCGAGUCCGGACGUCCAGAGCAGAUGGUUCUUGAGAAGUCCCUGGACUUCGGCCGAUCCUGGCAGCCAUACCAGUUUUACGCUACAGACUGCUUAGACGCUUUUACAAUGGAGCCCAAAACAGUCCACGAUCUCACUCAGCACACCCUGCUGGAUAUCAUUUGUACAGAAGAAUACUCCAGAGGAUAUGUCUGGAAAUAUGAUAAAACAGUUCGCUUUGAGAUAAAAGAAAGAUUUGCGCUUUUCGCUGGACCUCGGCUUCACAAUAUGGCCUCCCUCUAUGGACAGCUUGACACAACCAAGAACUUGAGAGACUUCUUCACAAUCACAGACCUCAGGAUAAAACUGCUGAGGCCAGCGACAGGAGCAACAAUGGUGGAUGAGGACAACUUGUCAAGAUACUUCUAUGCUAUAUCCGACAUAAAGAUACAAGGAAGGUGCAAGUGUAACCUUCAUGCGAACACCUGCGUUUUUGAUGGCGGAAAACUGUCUUGCGAGUGUGAGCACAACACCACAGGUCCAGACUGUGGGAGAUGUAAGAAAACUUACCAGGGCCGUGCUUGGAGCGUUGGCUCUUACCUGCCAAUUCCAAAGGGAACUGCGAAUAUCUGUAUUCCCAAUAACCCUGGUCCAGUUAUAUGGCCGAGUGUUUCAUCUCUAGAAGUUGCUAACAACCGAAAGCAAGUUGCUCCACAAAUUGCUUUGGCAACUGCCCCCUCUGUUCAAGUUGCAAACAGCAAGAGAGACUGUAAAUGUAAUCCCUUUGGUUCAGACAAUGUUCGCUGUAAUGGCACAGGAUUUUGUGAAUGUAAGAAGGGAACAACAGGGCCUAAAUGUGAUGAAUGUCUGCCAGGAUAUUUAUGGCACAAUGGCUGCCAACCCCGUGUGUGUGACAACGAGCUCCUGCGGUGUCAGAAUGGGGGAGUGUGCCAUAACCACCAGCGCUGCCAGUGCCCUGCCUCAUACACUGGCAUUCUGUGCGAGAAGCAGAAAUGUGAGAACGGAGGCUGCGAUGACUCAAACUCUGGCCAGGGAGCUCUCUCUCCUUCCAACUGCCCAGUGCUACUGCUGCUGCUACUGCUUCUGACUGCCCUUCUACAAGGGAUUAGUUGUCAUCUGACGCUUUAAAAAAUUUUUAAAAGCUUAUAAGCAGUCCAUUGGCUUUAGGAUCAGGUUGUGUUAAGGAAUGUGCCAGAGCAAAAAUUUAAAUAAAAAACCAGAGAAGACAAAAAUUACAAACUGAGCAAUUGCUUCAUAAAGCUGACAAGGAUAUGAAGGUCAGUGAAGUAAGCCAUAACUAACUAUUCUCCUGGAAAGGGUCUGGAGCACAUAGACAGUUUUUCUUCAGCCUCACCAUGGUAAUGGCAGCUGCACUAGUUAUUGCAAUCAAAAUGCGAGCUGCAAAGGCUACACUGGGUUGCUUCAGAGAAUUGUGAGACGGAUUGCUAUUGGCUAGUCUGGUGCAGUGCAAUAUAGAACUUUCCAUUAUGUGUGUUUGUGUGGACCAACCAGACAGGCAUUCUUUGCUGUCAGUGCAUUGUGGAUACCAGGAAAUCCAUUCGGACUGCCAUUUUGGACCCUCUACAGUCGCAAAAACCUGUAUAACCCGCGCUUUUGUGAACGUUGCUCUGUAACCCUUGUUGGUUGAAAGAUAUUUUUGUCUGAUGUUAGUGACGCACAUGUGUAAUAGCCCCCCCCCCCCCAAAUCAAGCCAAUCAUAUCCUUGUAUAUCUUACAGAAGCACUAGAUCAGUACGAUCCUAGUGUUCACCUGCAAAGUGGUUAUAGAAACAUCAGUAUAUUUAUCCUUUUGUAUAAAAUGAAGUUAUUUUCAUGAAAACAAAUAUGUAGAUUUUUCUUUUGUAUUAUUGCCAUUUUGUGUUAAAAGGCAACAUGUUAAUAUAAUUAUUCCUGAGAAAAAAAGAUAAAAAUGUUGUAUUCAUUAUUAUUUAAUUGUGCAGAGGUUUCUCUAUAUUGGCAAUGUGCUGGCAUCAAAGAAUAUGAGUUUACGUAUAUACGGUACUAAAAUAUAAUACGAUUCCACCAAAGGACAUUCUAAAUGUUUUCUUGUUGCUUUAACACUGGAAAAGUUAAGUGAAUAAAAACAAA